UAAUGAACUGCAUUAAGGUGGUUUAUAGAGACAUGAUGAGGGUAUUAGAAGAAGUAGCAUUUUUUAGAAAGAUGAUGGAUGAAUGAUUGAAGAUAGAGUUGAGAGUGAAAAUGGUGCUGAAAAAUAGUGAGACACAGAACAUUUAAAGCUGCAGAAGAGUAAGGACGCGAAACCCGGGAAGCAACACAAGUGGUCAGACUGGAACACUGGGUGUGAGUAGUACAACACACACACCAAAUCUGGCUACCUUACCCCUUCGUAAAAACCCCACAUGCCCUUUUCCCAUCACCUCUUUGGUCCACACCCUUAACCAUGGUUAAUCCUCUUAUUACUUUUCUUCUCACAUUUCACUCACCACACUUUCUUCUGGGUUAGUCAAGGACAAAGAAAAACCUUCUUCAUUUCUCAUCUCUGUUUACCCUUCUGCACACACUGUCUAUUACUACUACUACUACUCUACUUUCUUCUAGUAGCAUAAGCAAUUAACAUAUCUACUUCCUUUUCUCUCUCUUUUUGCUACUUGUUUGUUUUUCUUUUUUUUCUGCUGUGUAGUGUAGAUAAAUUGGAAUGACACUAGACGGAAUGAAUGGACAAAAAAGGAAAGUGAAAGAUGAUGCUAUGAAUGGUUUAUUUAAUUGCCACCCGAAUGAAGACCUAUAGUCCUUUGUUUUUUUAUGCCACUAUAGUUUACAAAGGCCUUGCCUUUAUAGAGUUUCCAGAACCGGGAUUCUGGUCAAAGAUAUUGGUCUUCUUGCUUUUAACAUAUUGCAAAAUAGAGAGAGAGAAGGUAUUUUGCAUUACAAACAGAAUCAUCUUUUUUUCUUCCUAUCAUAUCCACUUCAGUGAUCUCUCUGAAUUGAAAAUUUGGAAAUAAGAGAUUGUGAGUAUUGAUGAUGGGCAAGAAAAAGCCACAGAAAACUAAGGAACUUUCUGUGGCAAUAGCUGAAGCAUCAUCAACCAUAGAUGAUGAGAAAGAGCAACAAGAAGCAGAACCUCAACCUCAACCUCAACCUCAGGCUCCUAGAAAGAGAGGUAGACCUCGUAAGGCUAUUGUAAAGAUGGAAGAAAAUGAAGAGGAGAAGGCACAAGUGAUAGAGCAGAAUAGAGGAGGUUCUUUGUCAGCACAAGGCACAGAGAGUUCAAUGGAAAAAGUUACAACCAACGAGGAAGAGGGAACAUCAUCAGCAGCAUGCAUGAGGGUUGCAGAACAAGAAGAGAUGCAACUCCCAAAAGUGGAGCCAUCCAGAAGCAGAGCUAGGAGGAAAAGCAAACCCAGAAAGAGUAGCUAAUAUAUAUAAUCAUUGCUCUUUUUUCUCUUUCAUAGUUUCUUUCUUUCACUCAACUUUUUCCAUUAAGUGAUUGAUUCUUGGUUGGUUCCUUGGUCUUGCCAUGUUUUUGUUAUUUAGAGAAUCGGUAUCGAAACUGAUAUUGAUGCUGCUGUUGUUGUUGGGGAACACAAGUGUCAAUAGAAACACUUGAAGAGUUAUUGGUUAACCUUCUGCUGCUUUUUCUCUUCGCUUUUGAUUGCUGUUAUUGCUGUCUUAUGAUGAUUCUGUCUGCAGCUGUAGAAAUUGAAGGUACUGUUUUAUUUAUUGGAAAAGGGUGAUUGAGUUGAGAAGAAAAAAGAGAGAGAAGCAUAACAUAGAAUGUGAGUGUCACGUACCAAUGAAUAAUGCAGUAGCCGCUUAAGCACACCAAUGAAUGAUAAGGAUGGUUGGAAGUUAACACCACUUUCGGCAUUAACACAAACCAAACCAAUCCUUUUUUAUUCAUACUUUUCUCAAACGUUUGAAAAUCUAUUUUGUUGGUUUUUGCUGUCAUAGGAAAUGUUUUGUGAUCUUCCAUGCAUGUGGAUGAAUAUAACAGAACAAGUUAAGUGAUGUUUUCUGAUAGUUUUUCUUAAAAAUCUGUUGUUUAACCUUUGUCUAUUAAUUGUCCAUUAAACUUU